AUGAGGUCCCUGGUCAGCACCUCACACCUCCAACUAGCCGCCUUUGCUGUCGGCACGAUAGGCUGGAUCAUGUGUGCUAUCUCCAUGGGACUUGUGGAAUGGAGAGUGUGGCACGUGGACAACACCACUGUUAUCUCCUCUGGCGUUGCCUGGGUGGGAAUUUGGAAAGUCUGCUUUAUCAGUUAUCUUCACGUCUCACCUGGCUAUAAAGAACAGUUCUGUCAUAAAUUCAGGGCGUUUGACUCCUUCGUCCCCCAUGAAAUUUAUGUUGCUCAAGGUCUCCUGUUGGUUGCCAUGAUCAUGGGUUUGAUGGGACUAACUGCCACAAUAUUUGCUCUGAGAAAUAUUUAUAUGGGAAUAGUUGAAAAAACUCUCAUAGCCCAUUUCUUCCUGGUUGGCGGUUUCUUCUACAUAUUUUCUGGUCUAUGUGUCCUAAUUCCAGUGAGCUGGAAUUUCUAUUCUGUAACGCAUAAUGAGAGCAUUGCUUUUCCUCCUUCUUACCACAUGCCCUCCAGCCCAAUGACACAGGAGGUUGGUGCUGCAAUUCCUAUUGGUAUUAUAGCUGUUAUCCUGCUGCUCCUAAGUGGGACUUUUUCUCUCUCAUACAGAUUUCCUGUAACUUCAAGCACUAUCAUGCAGUCCUGA